GGGAGGGACGGUAGAAACUGGCAUUCGGCAUUCAAUAUGGCGACCAAAAAGAGAGAAAAGGCUGAGAAAACACUUAGUGGAGUGAUAAACGAUGAGUGCUCGUGCCCUGUAUGCCUCGAAGAUUUCUUAGAACCCAAGAGUCUACCGAACUGCGCCCACAAUGUAUGCAGAAAGUGCCUAGAAGGGAUGGCAACGGACUCAGAAUCUAAAGAAAUUCGCUGCCCUGUGUGUAGGAAAGAAUCGACUCUCCCAGAAGAUGGGAUCAAUGGAUUGCCCACUAAUUGCUUGAUUGUGAAACUCUUAGAGGCGACGCCUGGGAGAAUAGAGCGGUUAGAAAUAAGGCGGUGUAUUGGGGCUGUUAAGGAAGAGAUUGAAUCGGUUAGUCGGGACGAACGAAAACUUGAGAUUCAAAAGCAAGAACGAUUGGAACGAGCCGCGGUGAUAAAAACUGACAUUACCCGGGCUGCAGAUCGCCUUGUAGAAAUCAUCCGAAAACAGGAGCAGGAAUUAAUUCGAAAAGUUAAUGGGUUGCUGGAGAAAGACAUAGAGCUGUUGGGUUACGAGAACAGAAAACAAGAGUGUAAAAGAGUUCGCCUAGAUCUCGAAAGAUAUGUGUCAACAGCCGAGUCUAUUUUGAAGGAAAACAGUUCCGUUGCGCUGGUAGAAAUGCGAGAUAAAGUCAUAGCAAAUGGGAAAACACUGCAAAAUAACGCAAAGGGGAUCUACACAGUAGAACCACACUCUAGUAUCUUGCUUGCUCGAUUUGAAGAGACUGAUUGUUUUGAAAUUUUUAGCGGAUUUGGUCGCAUAAAGACAGGCACUGAAAGCGAUGAGGAGAACCCGCCGACCAAUGGCAGAUAUAGCGUUGUCGGGAAUUUCAGGAAUUCUAUAGAUUGUAGGCUAGCUGCACCAGAAUCCUUUGAUUUGUCUUUGCCUGUGUUUCAAUUUGCUACUAUAACACAGACUCUUACAGCUGGAAGUUUAGGCCUUGAGGUCCUCUCACCUUUGGCAAUAACUUCCCACUGGUCUAGAAACGAGAUAGCUGUUGCAGAGCCUGAAAAUAACAGAAUUCUUGUGCUCAACACUCAAGGGAGAUUGAAGAGAAGAGUGUGUGGGGCUGCACCAUAUUCUGGUGUUGCGUUCAGUGGUGAUGGCGAACUGAUCACUGUGUUUGGGGCUAAGGAUCUUGUGUUCAUAGACCCGCAGAAUGGCAAGAACACAGGAAGUGUCAGGACUACAGACCAUGGGGUGAGGCACCGCUCUAUCACAUGUGAUACAAAUGGGAGAUUUGUUGUCACUAGUGAACCUUCGUCAAUGUUCUACAAGUCCUCUGUAUGUGUUUAUGGUAGCAACUCAAUGAACAUGCAAAGUGCAAUCUUAAAGUUUACUUGCUAUGGAAGUAGUCUGACGUCCUCACCCUUCAAGGCCUUGUAUCACAGGGGGGAGUACUUUGUGUCGGACACUGCAAGGGGCUGUAUUAUGGUGUAUAACGGACAGGGUGCAUUUGUGCGGCAGUUUGGCGGGUGGAGCUCAUCAAUGCGGAGGGGUAAUGGCAGAGGGAGGUCAGAGUUUGGUGAGCUCACAUCUCCUACUGGGAUCGUUAUUGAUCAGAGUGGGGAUAACAUUCUUGUCUGUGAUGUAAACUCCAAGAGCAUUCAGAUGUACAGUACAGCUGGUCAGUUUGUUGGGAGAUAUGUCAUGGAGGGCCGCCCAAGUGACAUCACUGUGCUAAGGGAUGGGACAAUUGUUGUGUGCUCCAAGGCAGACCACUGGAUCAAGUUUCUCUCUUUGAAUGACCCUGAGUAGCAUUUGGUAGAAGAUAGAGGCAUUUGAAUGACCCUGAGUAGCAUUUGGUAGAAGAUAGAGGCAUUUGAAUGACCCUGAGUAGCAUUUGGUACAAGAUAGAGGCAUUUGAAUGACCCUGAGUAGCAUUUGGUACAAGAUAGAGGCAUUUGAAUGACCCUGAGUAGCAUUUGUUAGAAGAUAGAGGCAUUUAAUGAUUCUGAUUCGGUACAGUUCUAACAACAAUAGGAUUCACAAUAUGCACAAGGUACAACACUUGUACCUUCCUUGAACCUGAGAGCUCUUACUUAAGUGCAGUAUGUUGAUUCCCCUGUUGUAUUUCAAUGCACUUUUUUUUAUUGCUACAGGAGGCAUACAGUGGAUCUCUGUUAACUCUAGCAGGAAAUGAAAAAGUUGUGUUAAUAGGGAAUUCAUGUUAUCGGAGUGGAAAAAGUGUAAAAAUAGUCUCUUUGGGAAACUGGAGGUCAGUGUAAGUUAUCGGGGAGUUCAAACUGUCUGAGAUAUAUAGUUAGUAGGGUUUCUGCCCCAUAGUAUUCUCAUCCAGAAGAUACAGACUUGUUAACUGAGAAAAAUGUUAUGCCUCUUAGGUGUAGACUCACAGUGAUACAAAAUAUUUAUGAUUUGGCCAAACUAGGAUGCAUGCUUUGUGUGACAUGUUUCCUAGUUUAACCACCUCCCAAACACAUAUUGCCUUCCCCAAAUUGUGUAGAGACCCUCAAACAUCAACAACAAGAUUAACUAGAACUCGCUGCAUGCUAAAUGUUUCACACAACAUGAAUCCUUGUUUUAUUCUAAGCAUCUAGUUUUGAGCUAGUUUCCUCAAUAAACUAGAAUUGAGUCAAUAGUAUAAUUUCUGUUCGAAAUGUUAAAAUUGAAAUGAAAAAGAGAUCUGAUCAUUGAUAAUCUUGGGCUAAUUUCUAUUUUUAUGAUUCGAUGCUGUGAAAUAUUGUAAAUAGUUUAAAAGAGAAAUGGGUAUGUAAGGGGCAUGGCAGCUUGUCAGUUAUCCAUUUGUAUGAGUUGUAUCUCUAGAUUGCUUGAUGAAUAACAAAGGUGUUGCAAGGUUGUGGGUGACUUUGGAUCAUACAGAAAAUAUAUUGUAUAUGAUAGAAAGAAAUGGGAGGGUAAAUAUUAUGGAAAUAAAUCUAUGAUGAUAACAAUGAA